CUCGUCCAGGAAUGGAGCCAAACCGCCCUGGCCCAUCUUCCCCCUCCGGUGCAGCAGGCGCUGCUUCAUCCCCUGGUCCCCAAGGCCCUGGCGGCCGUGCUGGCGCUGGGCUUCCUGCGCCAGACCAACCGGGCCCUCACAAGCCUGUCGCUGAAUAACUGCUCCCGCGUGAAAUGGGACAAUGCGCUCGAGCUGGUCCUGGUGACCGGCGGCUGCAGCGGUAUCGGCAAACAAGUGAUGACCGAGCUAGCGAGUCAGGGCACCCGAGUUAUCAUCCUGGACAUCCAGGAACCAAACUUCAAGCUCCCCGCCAGAGUAUCGUUCUACAAAACCGACAUCACCAACAGCACAGCCCUCCACACCACGGCCGAGCAGAUCCGGGAAGACCACGGACACCCCACAGUCCUGAUCAACAAUGCGGGUGUGGGUCACGACGGUUCGAUCCUGGACGAGCCCGAGAGCAAAAUCCGGCAAACGUUCGAAGUCAACACGAUCAGCCACUUCCUGAUGGUGCGGGAAUUCCUGCCGGCGAUGAUCGAGAAGAACCACGGCCAUGUGGUGACGGUGGCCAGCAUGGCCAGUUUCGUGGCUCUGGGGGAGAUGGUGGACUAUUGUUGCUCCAAGGCCAGCGCGUUGGCGUUCCACGAGGGAUUGGGCCAGGAAUUGAAGCACUGGUAUAAGGCGACGGGGGUGAAGACGAGUGUAAUCCACCCACUCUGGGUGCGCACACCCAUGAUCCAGCAAUUGACAGACGCCGGCGAUCAAUUCAAGCAGCCGAUCCUGACGGUCGAGCGGGUCGGACACGCGAUUGUCGAGCAGGUGCGGUCCGGGAAGAGCGGGCAGGUCAUUCUCCCCGAGAAAUACUGGCCGGUGAGUUUGGUGCGGGCGUUCCCGACGUGGCUGCAGGAGAAGGCCAGGACGCUGGGCUCGAUGGAUCUGUUGAUGCUGCGGGACUUGCAGAAGAAG